GGUAGGACUUUUCUUUGCGCGGCAGCCUGGAGACUUGACUUGAUUGAUCUUCUUCAGGCUCCAUCGCGGUUCUUGUCGUCGAGGUCGUUGCUGUGUUCGUAGGUUCUCUUCUGCUCCGUGGAUAUGGCGGCGGCACUUACGGUGGAGAAGACGGCCGCCGGGCGGGAGUACAAGGUGAAGGACCUUGCUCAGGCGGACUUCGGCCGCAUGGAGAUCGACAUUGCGGAGGUGGAGAUGCCUGGUCUGAUGGCUUCUCGCGCUGAGUUCGGUCCUCAGCAGCCCCUGAAGGGGGUGAAGAUCACGGGAUCGCUGCACAUGACAGUCCAGACGGCCGUCUUGAUUGAGACGUUGACGGCGCUCGGCGCGCAAGUUAGGUGGUGUUCCUGCAACAUCUUCUCUACGCAGGACCACGCGGCCGCUGCCAUCGCUCGCGACAGCGCGGCGGUGUUCGCCUGGAAGGGGGAGACCUUGGAAGAGUACUGGUGGUGCACAGAGCGAGCCAUGGACUGGGGAAACGGCACGGGCCCGGAUAUGAUUGUGGACGAUGGCGGCGACGUGACUUUGCUGAUUCACGAGGGAGUGAAGGCGGAGGAGCUGUACGAGAAGACUGGAACUUUGCCUGAUCCCAGUUCAACGAAUGUUGCCGAGUUUCGCAUCGUUCUCUCCACCAUCCGCGAGAGCAUCAAGAAUCAUCCCCGAAGAUUCAGGGACAUCGCUAAGAACAUUCGCGGCGUCUCGGAGGAGACGACGACAGGCGUGAAGCGUCUGUACGCUAUGGAGCGAUCCGCUGAGCUUCUCUUCCCUGCGAUCAACGUGAACGACUCAGUGACUAAGUGCAAGUUCGACAACUUGUACGGCUGCCGUCAUUCUCUCCCGGACGGACUGAUGAGGGCCACGGAUGUCAUGAUUGCAGGGAAAGUGGGGGUCGUUUGCGGAUAUGGCGACGUCGGUAAGGGUUGCGCCGCCGCGCUGAAGAACGCCGGUGCCCGUGUCAUCGUCACCGAGAUCGAUCCUAUCUGUGCUCUGCAAGCCGUUAUGGAGGGUUUCCAAGUUCUGACGUUGGAGGAUUGCCUCGAGUACGGGGACAUUUUCGUGACCACGACGGGCAACAAGGACAUCAUCAUGCUUAAGCACAUGAUGAUGAUGAAGAACAACGCGAUCGUGUGCAACAUCGGUCACUUCGACAACGAAAUCGACUUGGCCGGUCUGGAGAAACACCCAGGAGCUAAGAAGACGACGAUCAAGCCACAGACGGAUAGAUGGGUGUUUUCCGAGACCGGCCGUGGCAUCAUCUUGUUGGCCGAGGGACGGUUGAUGAACCUGGGGUGCGCUACUGGUCAUCCCAGCUUCGUCAUGUCCUGUUCCUUCACCAAUCAAGUCAUUGCGCAGCUGGAGUUGUGGAAGGAGAGAGGCACGGGGAAGUACGAGAAGAAGGUGUAUGUUCUUCCUAAGCAUCUUGAUGAGAAGGUCGCGGCUCUUCAUCUGCCAAAGCUUGGUGUCAAGCUGAGCAAGCUUACCGAGGAGCAGGCGGCCUACAUCAACGUCCCUGUGGAUGGUCCGUUCAAGCCCGCCCAUUAUCGUUAUUAAGUGUGCCCUGUUAUUAUGAAUUGUCGGGGGGAAGAAGGGGGCAGAGAUGCUAGUAGUCGUCCUCGACAGAAUCUUUGGCAAUUAUUGUGCGGCAUUUUUCAAGGAUCGCAGUAGGAAAGACCUUCAUUUUCAUCGUUACUAACUCCCAUGAUGUAGCGUAGCAGUUGUUGUUGGUUUUCGUUGGCUCUGUCACUCUUCUUUUGUGUUUUUCUCUCCCCUUCGCCUUCCCCUUCGCCUUCCCCUUCCCGCACCACCUUCCCCCCCCACCUUCCCCCACAAGGCAGAUAUCAGUGGGCGGGAGUCAUCUAGCCUUUGGCACUGCACGGGCAGUCGGUAGGGCGGCGGCAAGGCGGUGAAUCAUAUGGAUGUAUCUGGUACUCAAGCUCGCCCUCUUGAACUUGCCGGUGUUCAGUCUUUUUUUUCUUCUUUGCCUCGAUCGCGUGUUCAUUGAUUUAGCUGAUGGCAUCUCUUCUGAGAUGGGUAGUGGAAGUCAAGCUCCCGCUCAGCGACGUGAAGCUUGUGCUCCCGAAUUGUCGACCUUGAUCUCAGGGAUAUCAAGGCCGCGCUCGUUUUUAGCUUGUCUCUAGAAUUCUAGAGUAGUGUUCGUUCAGAAUGAAUUUCUAUUUUUUGA